CGCCGAGCGAGCGAGCGAGGGCGAGCGCGCGCCGCUGACAGGUCACCUGCUCCACGAGCCCCAGCGGCGCGAGUGCAGUUCAAGCGCUCGCUCGCGAUCGGACGGUUGACAUCUGGAGACAGCGCGGCGCGGCGCGGUUCCGUCCCCUCUCUCUCUCACACACACACACACACAGCCCCGCACAACUUCCAGCAGACCCGAGACACGGAGAGAGGAGUGGUGAAAGUUUUGUUUUAAUCCGGUGUCUUCAGGUGAUCCCCGCAGCGACUGCGAAGAAAUAGCUGAGAAUGGGAGCUUCGCGCCCCGGGAUCGUGCAGCGGCUUCUGAUCCUCAUUCUGGGGAUGGGGAUGCAAGUUCAAGCAUCAACCACUGUGACAGCAAUGGUUGGAGAUAAUGUCACGCUGACCUGUGACUCGAAAAAAGAUGGCAACCCAUACAUGGUGGUAUGGAAAGUGGGAGUAACUGAAAAUCAGAAAGAUCAGCUCAUCUCAUUGAUACUGGUGAAAAAUGAGAUAACUGACUCAAAGAAUUCCAGAUACAAUGGCAGGCUCAUUUUGAACACGGAUUGUUCCUUAAAUAUCUUGAAUGUUGGAAUUCAGGAUGCAAAGAUGUUUUUCUGCUCAACAGUGGUUGAAACUGACAUACAUGAAUCAUCUGUAUUUAUCAAUGUUUACAAUCAACCAUCUAAUCCUGAAAUUAUACAGCUAGCUCCCUUCCUUGUGGCAGGGAAACUACAGAAGGUCGGUCAGUGUGUUGUCAAAGAUAGUUACCCGGCUGCCAAAAUUUCCUGGCAAUACAAUUUUCAGAAUCUGGACAUCAACAAGCCAGGUGUGGUGAUGGAUAAUGAUUCUACUAAAAACAAUAAAGGCUUUUUCGAUAUAAGGUCUACCCUGGAGUACAUGCCGAAGAGAGGUGAAGGAAAAAUAAAUUUUACCUGCCAGGCGACUUAUUUUGAAGGCCUAGUCAGAAGUAUGACCAAUGUAUCUUCACCUGUCGCUAUGUUCGUACACUACAACACUUCAAAAAUUUCUUUACAAGUGACACCAGCACCAGACGUCCUGGAGGGAUCGAACGUCACCCUUUCCUGCUCUGGGGAUGGCUACCCAUCGCCAGAAAAAUUCACCUUCACUAAGAAUGGAGAUGAGAAAGCUGUGGGUUUAGCCCACUAUGAGUUGAUAAAUGUGACACAAGAGGACACAGGUGAAUAUGCCUGUUCACCACUAGAAAAUCCUGAUUUAAAAGAUCCUGUUAACAUCACAGUGCACUAUUUGGCUUUGACGAUGACUCCCAGUGAAAAUAUCUCCAAGAUGGUUGGGGAGAAUAUAACCUUGGAAUGCUUUGUUGAAUCCUCUGGAACUACGGAGGUUACCCUGAUGAAAAAGAAUAAAGCUAACCAGAACCCUUUCGUGGUGAAGUCACUGCAGUACACACACUCUGGUAAUUACACAUGCCAUGCCAAAUUAAAGGGAGUGAACGAAAUCAAGAGAGAAAAGUCAAUAAUCGUACGAGUGGAAGGAAAACCAAGGAUAACUAAACUGACAAAGAAAGUUGUGAACAAUUCGAAAGUGAUCAGUUGUGUUGUGGAGGGCUUCCCCAAGCCUGUGGUCAAGUGGAGCAUCAAUGGAUCGUCUCCAAAAGAAGAAUCAAUAAAAGACAAAAGAUCACAGUGGUGCCACAAGAUAACAGUGCGACCUUCAGAAAACAUCACCGUGACUUGCACAGCCAUAAAUAACCACGGGGAGGAUCAAUAUGCAGUUAAUCUAACUGCCAUGCGAUUCAAGGAGCCUAUGGAUGAAACUCUUGAGCAAGACCCUCUAGAUCCAAAAGAUAACAACAACAACAGCAAGAGCAGCAACAGUAAUCAGGCCAAGGUGAUCGUGGGGGUCAUCAUUGGCAUGUUAAUAGCAGCAGUCAUCGCCGGCUUGAUUUACUGGUUGUACAAGAAGAAAAGCAAAACCAGUGAAAGAGGCACAGCUGAUGAAAUCAAGAAGAUAAACAAGGGAGAGAACAACCACACAUCAGGCUCCUCAGCUGUGUAACUACGUUGCCUCAAAAAAAACAGGGAAAGAAAAGCAUCGAUCGGUGAAGGAUACGAAUGUCACUGACACAAGCACAUUAUAAAACACGCUGACAUUGGCAGGAGUUGAAAUUGCCAUGCGCCACCACUGGCAAUGCCUUAUCUCUCAAGACACAGAUGUACAGAAAACUGCAGCUGAAUAUCCAAAUAUUUCUAAUGAAACACCAUUGAACUGUUUGUUGCUCUGAGGGCUGAAGUAGCAUUUUACCUAACCAACUAUAAAGGAGAAAUUCUCCUCUCCCACACACAACAAAGACUAGGUAAUAUGCCACAACCUUUAUUAUGGAUUCAAUCUAUGACUAAGUUUUCACUUACAUCAAGGUACUCAGUCCUCCAAAGGAAUAAGUAGUAGCAAGCAAGGCUUUUUAAGUGUUUCAUUGUUUUGAAUUUCUGCACUGAUGUGUUUGCUUUACAUGUUAACAAUAUUACUGGGGGUGGUGAAUGCUUUCAUGUGUCAUUUCCCUUAUGGCACUGGUUUAUGGGUUAAUGUGGAUCAUGCUUAAUUGUUUAUGAAAUAUUAGCUUCAGGUUAAUUUCUUUGGCAAUUUCAGUCAGUAAGAUCUGUUACAAUGCAAAGAUUUCCAGAAGUCCACUAUCUGAGUUUAUCUUAAACCAUUUUAGGAUUUCAACAGAACUUACAUUAACUCAUAUUACCCUGAGCUCUGAAUUUUUUGUUUGGAAACAUGGUUGGGGAAUCUCCUAGAAAGAGGAAGGAGGACAAAUUAAAAAUAAUUGAGUUUAGUCUUUCUGUGAGCAUUCAAAAGGAUGAUUCAAAACAGAUGGAAAUUGGGGUUAAUGGGCCGUUGAACAGAAACCAGCAUCUGCAGUUUCUGCUUUCACAGCAGCAGCUUUAUAGUGGAGGGUCACAGUCCCUCUCUCAGUACUGGCUUGCAUUUGAAAUGUCCUUAUCAUAUUUUACCUGCUGCUAAAUUAACCAGUUAUCGAGCUUAAAACACAGUAUAUCGGCCAGUUUCAAUGCAUCUCCACCUUUCUCCCCUCACACUUGCAUCACAUUGGAGACAUUUGCAUGUGAAUAUUUUCAGUUGAAGUAUCUCUUGGAAGAAUUGAACAGAAUUGGAAAGGUGUAAAUAUAUAAUUAAUGCAACAUUUUAAACUAAACUGAGGCUCUUUCAUACGAGUGUGAUGGGGCAGAAAGCAUCCAAAACAAUGAAAAAUAUUUGAAGAGAAAUAGAAACAGUAAUAGCAAUUCAGAUUAUUUUUGUUUACAAGAAUUAUUUUCCAUUCGGUAGGUGGUUUUAUGUAAUUAGUCUAUUAUUAGACAUCACUUGAGGAAAAUUAUUGAUGGAAAAAGAUACGUUCUAAGUGUAACAUGGAAAUGCACUCAGGCCUGUUUAUAUCACUACACACAGAAUGGAACCCUAUGUUUUUAUCUGCUUUUGAAAAAAAGAUAGCAAUUGAUCAGGCAUUUAAUUUGCAAUAAAAAUAUUAAUUACUGAAUGAACAGUUUUUUUGAUAAAUCCAUGACAACCUUUCUUGAAAUGUAUUCAAAUUGUUUCAGAGCAACCUAAUAAGGGACACUACUUAUUUUUCAGAAAAUUAUAAUUCCUAUUCAUUAUCCUUUGUUUCAUUAAUUAUAAUGAUUUAAACUUAAUAAUUACAUUUGCCAAAUGUUUGUUGCAGCAUUUUCAGAGUUUGCAGAUUUGAAACAUCAGCUCUCUUCAGGCCCAACUCCCAAAAAUUGGUGAGGUUAGUUGCAUAGAUAAUUGGUUGUACAAAAUGACAGCUGUAUUUUUAUUCAUUAAUCAGAGAUAUAGUAUUUUGUUUUGUAUAUAGAUCCACUAAAAAUUGCAAUUUCUUAAUUAUUAAUUGAAUAAUUCUCAAUGAAAACAGGGAAAAUCAUUGUUGGUCUCUGACUUUGCAACAUGGACCCAUACAGCCCCAUCUGCAUAAAUAAGUGGCUGCAACAUGUAAGCGGCAGAAACAUGUUGCAGGCUCAGCUGUAAUGAGAGUGGAAUAUAAUGUAUCUGGUCAUCAUGUGGCAAAAGCCUCAUUAGUCCGAUUCUUGUAUAAAAACAAUUCUUGACCUUAAUCUUUCCAGUUUGCUAAAAAUAAAUGUUUUGAAGCUUUAAA